UGCAGUGGCCUGCUGCGCCAUAAUGCUCGGCACAAGCCCUCCACUGCCUGCCAUAUACGGAGUGUUUUUUGUUAAUAUUAGCGGGCCUACUUGAGGGGAUGUUUAUAAUUGGACACGUGUUUUCCCCGCUUUUUUGUCGUUUGGAGAUCAACUGAUUCUUUUGUAAUGCGUUUUUAAAGCAAUGAACGAUCCACAAGGAGGGCUAAAGUGUUCUUAAGAGCUCCCUUUCAGCCUUUAGAAUUGGCCAGAGCAACCCGCCGAGAAACAUGGAGGCCCUGGAAGUAUUUAAUCCGGGAGAUGUGCCCAUGUGGGUGUCACACGGCAGAGAUUCAGGCACAUGCAGGUAGACAGUAUCGAGAAUCUGCUGUGUGCCUUCAGAGACUGGGAAAGAUCCUAUCAUUUUAAAUAUGGAGGACGUGCUUUUUGACUUGGAUCAGGAUGGCACUACUGAUUAUGCAUUUUGGGGACAAAUGGACCAAAACUUCCAGUUCCAGAGCCAGCUGGACACCUUCCUGCUGGACUACAACUCCGCCGGCCAGCUCUCACCCUGGUCCAACUUCGGCAGUCAGUCCAUGUUCCCGGACGCACAGCUGACCUUAACCGACCUCGACGUGCAGUCUCCGGGGGAAGACGCGUGCGCUGAAGGGGAAACGUCCUCCAUGGACGACCCCCUGGAGGUGACCAAGCACAGGGCGCGGCGCCUCUCUUCUCACCCGCCCUAUAAGGUGCAGCGGCACGCGGCCAACAUCCGCGAGAGGAAGAGGAUGCUGAGCAUCAACUCCGCCUUCGAGGAGCUGCGCUGCCACGUGCCCACCUUCCCCUACGAGAAGCGGCUGUCCAAGAUAGACACCCUGAGGCUCGCCAUCGCCUACAUUGCCCUGCUGAGGGAGAUCCUCGUGUCGGGCUGCGACCCCAAGUCCUACGUAGACGACUGCAUGAAGAGCGGCUACAAGAAUCACACCAACGCCAUCUGGAACACAAGCGACCUGACAGCCCGCCUCUCUUGGAUAAAGUGGGAUUAACUGAGGAACAUGGGGGCGCCCUGAGAGGGGAGAUGGCAGCGGGGGGAGGUUCAGAUUGGUUUCUCUGUCCCUCUCUGUCUACAUGUCAAAGAAAGGCGUUCGUCCCGCAUGACCGACAUCUGCAGACUUCUCAUCGGGUCACACACCUCAGGCUUUUCUAAAACCUCACCCCCGUCCUCCGUGGCUUUUAAUAUUCUAAUUUAUUGUUGACUGGUUAAUUGAGAGCCAUUGUUUCUGAGGCCAGGGGGGGGGCAUUGUUUGCCCAAAUAGAUGGCACUUGUUCCAGAGGGAGAGGGGCACACUGGCAUGAGGCUGAAUGGACUUCCUGAGGGCUCAUACUUCUGCAUGAAGCAACUGAAGUGUUUUCUGGACUCGCGCUCAUUAGUGUGCGAGGCAAUGUGUUAAAAAGAGCCUUGAUCAUGUAAAUGAGACAAUGGGCGUGAGAAACAGAUCAGCGCGAUGUGUUUUAGCAUGUCAGGUGCAAACAUGGCAAUAAGGCUAGUAGUGUUUCAUGUGAAAACUCUAAAAUCUCUUGUUUUAUUUAUUUAUGUAUUUAUUCCUUAUUUUGUGUAUUUAUGGAAAAAUACUUUUUCGGACACGUAUUUUUUAACAUAUGUUGAUUAUUUAAUUUCUUUUUAUUGUGUAUUGUACAUUUUAAGCUAUUUCAUGCUAUGUAAAAGUGUAUUUAUUUCUAAAAUGGAUCAGCACAGAAAAGUUGAUGUGAUCAUUUAAUGUAUUUGUGAUCAAUGAUCAUUUCUCAGGAUCAUAAAAAGCAAUUUGUCUCCACUUACAUGUCAUCUCUCUCUGUCCCUGAUUUCUCUUCCUGAUAGUAUUAUGGAUAAAUACAAAAUGACGCUUUGGAUGAAUAUUUGUAUUCAUACCAGGGGCUUAGUUAAAAGAUAUCCAGGUGUCAUUCCUCAGAGGGAGCUGAAACUACUGCUGCACUAUAACGGCAUGACGGAUCAACUGCUGGCUGAAGUCUGGUCACUGUUAAACAGGAAAAAGGUUAAACAAAAGUAUAGAAAUAAAAACUGCAGACAACAUAGUUUAAAUGAUCACAUAUUUCAAUAAAUAACUUCUAGGGGACAUGAAAUUUGACUUGGCAGUGGUGAUGACACAAAAACAAAACUAUACCGAAUGCUUCUGGAGCUAUUUUAGAAUUUUCUACAGACAUUGGUGGAGAAAGGAUUCACUUAUCCUGUUAAAAGUAAAAGUCAUGCAAUGAAAAUUAUCUUCAUGUAAAAUUCUGUAUCUAAGGAUAGCUUACGUUAAGAAAUGAUUGCAGAAACAUUUCCCAUGUAACUGUUAUACCAUUUCUACUUCAUCACAUAGAUUUAUGACUACUAUUACUACGACUAGCCUACUCGUGAAUUAAUGUUUACACAGGAUCCAACUCUAGUUGGUCUCCAAAUAUACAAGACAUUGUGUCACUUCAGGAAAGGUCAGGGCAGCACUCAGUUCAUUAGGCUACAUCAUUUUGGGGAAGGAAAAUAAAUGGACAAAAUGUCAUGGCUUUGCAUUCGGAAGUUGCUGAGAUUGAGGAAAUAAUCAGUUUAAUGAAAAGAGUUUCCCCAUGCAUGCCAUAUCUACUAAUCUAAAAACAGUUUCUGAUCCUCUCCAGAUGACUUGAUGUCAUUAUGAUGCUAAAUUCCAUGGCUGAUUUUGAUUUUUUAACUGUUUUUUAUAGCCUGAAUAGUUUUUCUCAAAAAUCUUCAGAUGCUGCUCCAACCUCCAAGCAUGAAGGUCAGAUAUAUAAAGCAGGCGUAGGGAUUCAACAACACACCCAUUCUCCUUACAAAUACUAUUUAAGCUCCUCGAAGGCAACCCUUAGCUAACUAAAGUAGAUUUACAUUUAAAACACAGCCUAUGGGGAAUAUAGAGAUGGUAAUAUGGUGAUGGUAAAUAGCCUACAGUAGAGACACUUUACAGCUAAUACAACAGCACAGAUUGUU